AGCGGGUACAAAAAUAGCAACAGUUAUCACAAGUGUUAGCGACUUUCAGACAUCAACAGUAGCAACAUCUUCAUCGGCCGGCAGUAGCAAAUACAAACAUCAAAACAGGCCACAACCAAUUAAACUUUUAACGACAGUCGGUGCUUCAUCAUUACAUAGACACACCGACAGAGGAGGAAACAACCAAUUAAUACGACUUAAAGUCUUCUGUUUUUUUCUUCAAUGGUUUUAUAGAAAUUCGCAACAUCCUUUAAUUUUUCGUCUCUGAACUUUUCGAUUAGACAUCAUAAUGUCUGUAAUUGAAUACGUGAAAGAUAUUCGCGAGGUGAUACAUGUCGAUUCGGUGAACAACUUACAUGCGUUGAUCGUGGAGGAGCUUCGCAAGGCGGGUGUGAAAAUACCUUUUGGUAUUGAUCAGGGCUGUAUGAGGGCCCCUUUAGCGCAUGACCGUGAGAUACGUCACUUCAACAAUUACUUAGCCCAUGUUCCUUGCUACUAUUUGGAAUCGUUUGGACACAUACCUUCAUUCCUGGUCCGAGCGUCUGAAGUUAUUAUGGACAACAUCAAUGUUGAGGGCAUCUUCCGAAAGUCUGGAUCUUUGAGCCGGCAAAAGAAAUUAGUGGAAGACAUUGAACAAGUGUUAGAUGUUUCCUCAGCCAAUGUAUUUGAUGUCACUGGUCUGAUUAAGCAGUUUUUCCGUGAACUAAGGGAACCCCUGUUGACCAACGUUUACCACACUGCCUUCCUGAAAUGUCAGCAGAUGCGAGACAAUGGUUCUAUCGAGAAGGGUAGACGGGCCGCCUUAAAACUGUGCCUCCUGAUCCCACCAGAACAUUUAGGGACCCUGAAAUUCACAAUGAACCUGUUUCAUAAGGUCGCUGCUCACUCUGCGCAGAAUAAGAUGACAGCUCGGAACCUAGCAUUAAUCAUGGCCCCUAGUAUUAUGCACAACUGCCCCAAGGGGAACAAGAUGAGCGGGCAAGAGAAAAAUGGCUGCCGUUGAAGACGUCGCUGCUUGAAAUGCUCAUUAAUGAGCAUGAGAACAUUGGGCUCGUGUCUACCGACCUGUGCGACCAAGCGAAAGAGAUGGCAAAUUUCUU